AUGAGUAUUGGAGGUAAAAGAAGUAUUAGCCUAACCAAAGGAAGAGAAAGUAGUGUUGUUGGAACAGCAAAGUUAUUAGAUAGAUUUGAAAUUCUUUUAGAUAAUAUAGAGGAAGUGUAUUUUGCUGGGCAAGAAAUUACAGGAAAGGUAGUAAUUGAAUGCAGCGAGCCCAAACAACUAAAUGAAGUACUUUUAGAGGUAAAAGGGCGUGCUAGGUCAUAUUGGACACAAUCCAGAAAAACCUGUUCGGCAAAUGAAGCUUAUUUUUGUGAACAAUUCAAUACAACAUAUACACACAAAUUACCUAAAAAUUAUGGGGAUGAGUUGAAAAAGAUUUCAGUUUGUGAAGAUAAUAAACAAUUAAAUGAAUUGCAGCAAAGGCCAACGGCAAAGACUUCCUCUUCUAGCGUUAAAAGUGACCCAAAGAAAUUGGGAAGAACGCUCCCUCCCGGCGUCCAUCAAAUUCCUUUCUCUUACACCUUACCAAAACACUUGCCAAGUUCUUUCGAAGGCGAUUACGGCUUUGUUCGUUACACUUGUAGAGCAAUAUGUGAACGGCCGUGGGACUUUGAUAUUGUCUGUUUUCGAGCUUUUACCGUGAUAGGCAUUGAAGAUCUCAAUUACGAGGCUGAAGUUAGAAAAUAUUCUUUUUAAA